UGCAUGGGACAGCUCUUUCUGGACCACGUAUUUGGUGGUUCUGAGAUCUUCCUACUGGUGAUGAUGGCCUACGAUCAUCUGGCUAUCUGUAAGCCACUGCAUUAUCUAACCAUCAUGAAUAGACAGGUUUGCAUCGUGCUGUUGGUGGUGGCCUGGGUUGGAGGUUUUAUGCAUACUGUAUUUCAAAUUCUCGUUGUGUACAGCCUCCCCUUCUGUGGUCCCAAUGUCAUUGACCACUUCUUCUGUGACAUGUUCCCAUUGUUGGAACUCGCCUGCACUGACACCUACUUUGUAGGCCUCACGGUUGUUGCCAAUGGUGGUGCAAUGUGUAUUGUUAUCUUUAUUUUUCUUCUAAUCUCCUACAGAGUCAUCCUAAAUUCCCUUAAAAGUCACAGUCAGGAAGGGAGGUGCAAAGCUCUGUCUACCUGCAGUUCCCACGUCACGGUGGUUCUCUUCUUUUUUAUUCCCUGUAUUUUCAUGUAUGUUAGACCUGUUUCCAACUUUCCUAUUGAUAAAUAUGUAACUGUGGUUUAUGCGGUUAUCACUCCCAUGUUGAAUCCUUUAAUAUACAGCCUGAGAAAUUUGGAGAUGAAAAAUGCCAUGAAAAAACUCUGGAGUAAGAAUUUAAUAAAU